AUGAUGUUUUUUUCAUACGCAAGUUUUUUCGCUGUCGGUUUUAUUAUUUUGUCAUUUUUGUCAACAAAAGGGAAUUCGAUAUCGUGUUAUGUUUGCAAUUCUGAAUUCGAUCCAAGUUGUGGGGAUCCAUUUAAACCCUACACUAUUGGAGUUUUAAAUUGUUCACUAUCGAUAAAACCGGAUCAUAUUGCUGGACAAGAAGCAAAACUCUGUCGGAAAAUCGUUCAAAAAAUUCAAGGUCACGUGAGAGUUGUCAGAAGCUGCGGAUACAUAGAAGAUCCGUUACGAGACGAUCAAGAAUGUGCAAAAAGAAGCGGAACUCACGACAUACAAGUGGAUUAUUGUUCAUGCACCGGAGAUUUGUGCAAUGGAACAAACAAAUUACACGAUAAUUUUCUCAUUAGAAAUUACUACCUAUACAUAAUUAUCGGUUAUCUCUUAUCAACUAAAUAUUCCUUUAUCAAUUAUCAUCAUAAAUUUUCAUCCCUGACACGUCUAUAA